AAAAUGGGUGAAAAAAGUUUUACAUAUAAGACAAUCAAAUAUCUAUUGAUUACAAAAAUCUGUAUCGGAAUAGUGUUUUCAUUUAUACUACUGUUCCUAUUUGUUGUGAUGACUGCCCAUAAUUCAACCGAUGGCCGUACACAGGGUAUCUCAGCCCAGGACACACUACUCUAUGAUCAUCCCGAUGCCAAAACUAUGGACAAGUCAAUGAUGGGUAUAGUCGUGGCCUUUAUAACCCUUGAAAUUAUCAUCCAAAUCAUCGGACUGGUAGGCGUAGUCCGGGCCAACAUUAUCCUCCUAUUGAUCUUCGGUAUACUGAUCUCAUUGGGCGCCCUCUUCGAGUUUGUGGCCAUUUUCACCCACGACGGCAACGCCCUGUUUCUCAUAUACUUUACCUUCCUAUCCGUACUAGUCUUUGUCUACAUUUAUUUGGUCCGCACUGAGCGCCAACAGCUACCCCGUGUCCACUAUAUACCGGCACCGACUAAUCCCUAUCAUUAUAGCUACUUUCCUCAGCCAAACACCAACAAUAAUCAGCGAUUGUUAUUCAAAGAUAAUGUCGAUAUCUGAGAGGACAGUUAGCUAGCUAUGUGUCUAUAUAAAUGUGCGGUCAAUGAUAAUGAUUGAGACAAUCACCAGGAAAUACAUGUUUUUUUGUUG